CCUCCGGGCUGCUCCGCGCCGCUGCAGAUGGGAGGAAAUAUCAGAGACACGCCGGGAAUGAAGAAGUUCUGGGAGGAAUACCGCGGAGGAAUAAGCGAUCUGCGGGUCUAGUUUCACUUUUUACGCGUUCUUGUUUCCCCUGCUUCCUGCGCUCUGCGGAGCGUUUUUGCGGCGGCGGCGCGUUUUGGAGGCGCAAAGACGCGACAGAAGUCCAGCUGAUCUGCUGAUCAGAUCUCAGGACCUGUCUGCAGAAGAACAUGCAAUAGAAGAAGCAGCUGCAUCGUCGUAUCUUAUCGUCCUCGGUGUUUCCCCCCUGAUAUGGCCUCCUCCCCCAUGCUGGACGCCGAUCCGUUACCGCUGCUUCAGCUCCAGGAGGUCGACUCCAGCAAAGCCCCAGAGAGGCCCAGCUCCCCGGGGCUGCUGCCCGCCAUGUACAGCCCUCCGCUGGGCGUGGACGGCCACACCGUCUGCAUCCCGUCUCCGUACACCGACGGCGGCCACGACUUCGGCCACGGAGCGCUGGCCUUCUACAGCCCGUCCAUGCUGAGCUACGCCCGGCCGAGCAUCAGCGACAGCCCGGCCUCGCUCUGCGCCCCCCUCAGCCCGUCGGCCUUCUGGCCCUCCCACGCUCACCCCAACGUCCCCCAGCUGACCCUGCACUGCACCCAGCCUCUGGUCUACAACGAACCCAGCACCCAUGCACCCUGGCUGGAGCCCAAAGGCCACAGCAGCUCCAUCAUCGGCUGUAACAAGCUGCUGGGGAAGAAGUCUGAGGACGGGCUGGACGGAGUCAAGUCGUCCUCGUGUUCGUCCACGGUGGGGAAAGCCGACAUGCACUUGUGCGCCGUUUGUCACGACUACGCGUCCGGAUACCACUACGGCGUUUGGUCCUGCGAGGGCUGCAAGGCGUUCUUCAAGAGGAGCAUCCAGGGGCACAACGACUACAUCUGUCCGGCCACCAACCAGUGCACCAUCGACAAGAACCGCCGUAAAAGCUGCCAGGCCUGCCGCCUCCGCAAAUGCUACGAAGUGGGAAUGAUGAAGUGCGGUGUCAGACGUGAGCGCUGCAGCUACCGAGGAGCUCGUCACCGUCGUGGAGCUCUGCAGCCUCGGGAUGCUGCCGGUCGGGGUCUGGUCCGGGUCGGUCUGGGCUCCCGGGCUCAGCGCCACCUCCACCUGGGGCCCCUGUACCCGUUGCCCCGGGCGACCCACCAGCACAGCCCGGCCAUGAGCCCCGAGGAGUUCAUCUCCCGCAUCAUGGAUGCCGAGCCGCCGGAGAUCUACCUCAUGGAGGACCCGAAGAAGCCCUUCACCGAGGCCAGCAUGAUGAUGUCGCUCACCAACCUGGCCGACAAGGAGCUGGUUCUGAUGAUCAGCUGGGCCAAGAAGAUCCCCGGCUUCGUAGAGCUGAGUCUAGCAGACCAGAUCCAUCUGCUGAAGUGCUGCUGGCUGGAGAUCCUGAUGCUGGGCCUGAUGUGGAGGUCGGUGGACCAUCCGGGGAAACUCAUCUUCUCUCCGGACUUCAAGCUCAACAGGGAGGAAGGCCACUGCGUUGAAGGCAUCAUGGAGAUCUUUGACAUGCUGCUCGCCGCCACGUCUCGGUUCCGUGAGCUGAAGCUGCAGAGGGAAGAGUACGUCUGUCUGAAGGCCAUGAUCCUCCUCAACUCCAAUCUGUGCAGCAGCUCCCCUCAGACCGCUGAGGAGCUGGAGAGCAGGAACAAGCUGCUCCGUCUGCUGGACUCUGUGAUCGACGCUCUGGUCUGGGCCAUUUCCAAACUGGGCCUGUCCACCCAGCAGCAGACGCUCCGACUCACACACCUCACCAUGCUGCUGUCACACAUCCGCCACGUCAGUAACAAAGGCAUGGACCACCUGUCCACCAUGAAGAGGAAGAACGUGGUUCUGGUGUACGACCUUCUGCUGGAGAUGUUGGACGCCAACACGUCCAGCAGCCAGACGGCGGCGUCCUCUCCCACCUCAGACAGCUUCUCCGACCAGCAGCAGUUCGUCCCGCCGGGAUCGGACCAAUCCGCUGAUAAUACCGCCGCCGUGCCUCCACAUGGAGCCGCCGACGCCGCCAUGCUGGACAGACACCUGCAGGCUCCGCCCCCUUCUCAGAGUCUGGUGGAGUCUCACAUGAAUGACUACAUCUCAGCAGACCAGUGGGCCGUGGACACUCGUGGCGUCGCUCCGUCAGUGGAACCAACGUCCUUCAUGAUUCCUGAUCCGAUGGAAACCUCAUUAGUGACAGAACUGAAACACUGACACCGAACCUUUUACCCCCAAAGAUCCAGAAAAGGAAAAAUUAAAAAAAAAAAAAAAAACACAAACAAGCUAAACAAAGUGCUGUCGUGAGGUAAAGUUUUUUUUCUCGUCGAAAUGUUUUUAGUCUUUCAAUAAACAAAAAAAGAACAUUUUUGAUCGAUUGUAUAUUUUGUUUCGCGUAACUGUUUCCUCUUGUGAAUGUGCACUACAGUCGGUGUUCAGGAACAUCGCUGAACCUCUGCCAGGCGCCCUGUGCUCUUUUUGAUAUCCGGUAUUUGUAUGUUUUUUGUUGUUUUUUUUCACGUUGGUGUUAACAUCCAGAACAAGCCGUGUGCUGAAGGGAGCAUGUGGUUCCUCACCUCCACGCUGUUCUCCGUCACCCUGUGGUGUUUUUCCUUCUACCUGCCGUAUUCUUUGGUGUUCCACUCGGAUUUUUCUACUCUUUGUAUAAACUGUCCAUGGAGUCGAGAAGCAGCAGUAUGUGGCCUUUUUAUCACAAUGACUGUUAACCUUGUUCUCUGUUCGUCUGGUUUAACUGAGGCUGAAUUUACACGACGUCACGUGGCGCAAACCCGCUCCUUUUACUCCCAAACACCAGCAAAUGGAGACCAGUUUAAAGCAAAUAUCCAAUAACAAGAUGCUCUAAAACAGGCUAAUAAUCCUAACAUGCUCACAUAUGGCUGAAAAAAAUCAUUUAUUUAAAAAUUUAAAUUGCCGUUUGAAAUAGUGCAAUUAAUAAAGGCUACAAUUUAUGACAUUUAUUUUAACCAACUCAUGUCUUUUUCCUUGUGUGAUAGACUUUUCUCGGUACCUCGUGGUCGUGCUUAGAUGCUGAAAUGCAGUUUGACUUUUUUUUUUUAUUGCAGAUCAAAUAUGUCAGAAAAAUUUCAUAUUUUCUCUAAAUUGUCACAUCUCCAUAGAAGUCAUAAAAUUUAGCAAUCAAAUCCAAAUAUUAGCAUGUUUGUUUUACAGAACACCAGCAAUCUAAAUACUAAAUGAAGUACUGCUACCCUUAGCUGUGCUAAAAUGCUACCGCUAGAAAUUUCCUGUGCUAACAUUAACAUUUAAAAUAAUUGGCUCAGACGCUAAAACAGUUACAAAGUCUAAUGAGUAGUUACUGUAUGUGUUUAAACUUUAAAAACUAGUAAGUGUAGCUAAAGCUAGCAAAUUACCACCUGAUAUGCUAACAUUUUGAUAGUUGACUUCAAAAAAUAGAUUUUGCUUGUCAAAUAUGUCAGAAAAAUUUGAUAUUACCUCCAAAUUGUCACAUUUCCAUAUGAUGAACAUAAACUAUAACAAUCAAACCCAAAUGUUAGCAUGUUUAUUUUGCAAAAUGUAAUCACUCAAGACCAGCAAAACACAAUAAACAAUCACACUGUUUGUUUAUUUUAUGCACAAAAGUUUCAAAAUGCAAACUUUAGCCUUAGCUGUGCUAAAAUGCUAUGACUAGCUAGUUGCUAUGCUAACCAUUAGCUUUUAGAAUAAUGAGCUCAAAAACCUGCGAAACUACAAAAUGUAAUGUUUACAUACUGUGUCUAAACUGUAAAACUAGUAAAUGUAGCUAAAGCUAGCAAAUUGCCAUGCCACCUGAUAUGCAAACUGUUAGCAUUAUCAAAUAUAUGCCAGAAAAAAAUAUUUUCUCUAAAUUGUCGAUGAACAUAAAAUAUAUCAAGCAAACCCAAAUGAUAACAUGUUAGCAUAUUUGCUUUGCAAAAUUUAAUCACUCAGCACCAGCAAAACACAAUAAACAAUCACACUAAUGUUUAUUUACUGUAUAUCCUGUCAACUUUGAAAACUACAAAGUUUAGCCUCAGCUGUGCUAAAAUGCUACGGCUAGCCAGUUCCUGUGGUAACCAUUAACUUUUAGAAUAAUAAGCGGAUAAACCUGCUAAACAGUUACAAAAUCUAAUGUUUACUUGCUGUAUGUCUAAGCUUUAAAAAUUAAGGGAAGUACUGAUAGCCUUAGUGGUGCUAAAAUGCUACCGAUGGCAAGUUCCUAUGCUAAUCAUUAGUUUUUAGAAUAAUGAGCUCAGAAACCCCUAAUAUGAAGACAAACCGUUUCAAAAUUGAAUAUUUACUGUGAACUUUAAAAACUAGUAAGUGAAGCUUUGCUAGCCUUAGCAUUCUAAAGCUAACAAAUUUCCUCCUGAUUUGUAAACAGCGUUAUGGAUUAAGAAGUAUGCUAAAAUUCUUAGGCAAAGCAGUCAGCAAGAGUCAGCUAUGCUAAUAUACUAAUGCAAGCAAAGUGCCAUGCUAACCAUUAUGCUUACAGUUAGCAUAACAAAUGUACGAACCUGCAGAGACGAAACAUUUAUUCAAAUGUUUUUUAUGUGCACUGAAACUAAAAACAUGAACUGCUGCUAGACUGUAGAUGCACUAAAUUGCUAAUGGCAGCAAAUUGCCAGGCAAACUCUUAUGCAAACAGAAUAAGCUAAUAAUUGUGCUAGCGUGCUAAGAGAAAUUUAUUCAUGUUUCUUGUAUGACUACUUAGUGUAAACUAUAAAACCUAAUAAAGCUAAACUGUACCUUGAGCUGUGCUACCAUGGUAUGCCUGGUAAAUUGCCAUGCUAACCAUAAUGUAUUCAGUUAGCAUAAUAGGCUAAGAAGCGUGCUAUUAUGCCAGGACAAAACUGGCCCAAAAGCUACAGCUUCUUUAUUUAUACGUAAAGCGACUACAAAAACUAAUGAAGUUUUUCUAGCCUUAUGAAACUAGCUAAUUACCAUGCUAGCUGUUAUGCCAACAGAAUAAUAAGCCAAAUAACAUGUUAGCAUGGCAAAACAGAACAGCCACUAAAUCUAUUGCUUAUUUACUGUAUUUAUGUAACUGCUAAAAAACUCAUAAAUGAACAGCUGCCAGCUAUGAUAGCAUGGUAAAAUUAGCAAAUUACCAUGCCAAUAAUAAUAAUAGUAUAAUAAUAGUACAAUGCUAACUUUUAUGUGCACUUUUAAGAUAAGGUAAGAAACAUGCAAAUAAGACAAAAUGGUCACUAAAGCGAGUGCUUAUUUACUAUAUGUAUCCUUCACUUAAACUUUAAAAGCUAUUAAAUGAAGUCCUGCUCGCCUUAUGUGUGCUAACAAGCCAAAGCGAACAAAUUGUCAUGCUAGCUUUCAUACACAUAGUUAACAUAAGCUAAUAAACUUGCUACAAAGCAUGACAAAACCUAAUGCUUAUUUACUGUAUGUAUGUUCAUGUAAAAAUGUAAAAACUAGUAAAUGAUGUCCUGCUCGCAUUAACUGUACUUGCAUCCCAAAGCUAGCAAAUUAGCAUGCUAACAGUCAGGUACACAGUUAACAAGGAACUAAGCUAAGAAACACAGGAGACAAAACAUUCAGUGAACCUAAUGCUUAAGUACUUCAUGUGUACUCAAUUUAAACUUGGAUAAUUAACAAAUUCUAGCCUUAGCUUUAAUAAAAUGUUAACACUACAAUGCUAACUUUUAGUAGAGCGUAAGUUGAAAAACACGCUAUAAAGCGAUACAAAACGGCCACUAAAGUUACUGCCUUAGCUUAAAAGCUAAUAAGUGAAAUCUUGCUAGCCUUAAUUGUGCUAACAUGCCAAAACUAGCAAAUUGUCAAGCUUAUUUCCAUACACGCAGUUUGCAUGAUAAGCUAAGAAGCUUGCUAACAUACCAAGACAACAUUCUCCAAACCUAAUACUUAUGUACUCAACUUAGAAAGUUAAUUCUAGCCUUAGAUGUAUUAAAAUGUUGAAAUUACAAAACUAACUUAACUGCAAACAUACCACAGCUAGCAAAUUGCCCUGCUAACAUGCCAAGAUAACAUUCACUGAACGUAAUGCUUGUGUACUUUAUGUAAACUUAAAAAAACUAUCAAAGUAUAGCCUUAGCUGUUUUAAAAUAUUAACCCUAUUGUGCUAACAUGCCAAAGCUAGCAAAAUGCCAUGCUAAGAAACAUGCUAAACAUUUUCAGAAUAAAAUGUCUGUUAGCAUGCUAGUUUCACCUUGUUUUAGCUGUCAAAUGUUACAUGUUAUUUUUAAAUACAUCUAUAGAAUGAGCAUAUAUUUUGUACUUAACUUGACAAUUUAUAAAUGUGUGUAAUUCUCUGCAUAAUUUUUGUAAAUGUGCCCUUUAUAUAUUAUAAAGUAAUCAGCCAGAGCAUGAUGGGUUUUAGCUAAUUCAAAGUAAACCUACAGGUUUUCUCAUAUUUUACUUUUAGUGACCAUUGCAAUAAAUUAAAAAGGUCCCAGAUGCUCUAAAUCAAAGCUAUUUAUUGAGCAAUUCCCCAUUUAAAAGGCUGAUGAUUUAGACAAAUAAUUUUUUAACUGUGUGUUUGGUCUGGUUUUGUUUACCUUGUCCAACUAAAAAUCUUUUUUUCUUUGCUGUAUCGUCUAAAGUGAAUAUCACCAUCCUUCCAGAAUCUCUUUCUUCGUUUUAGCUCUCGGACCUCAAACUAUUCAUCUUCUUACACAUGUAGAAACCCUUUUUGGUCUCAUUUGCUGAAUUUGGUUCAAAAAGACUCAAAUGUCUUCAUCCGGCCCAACAAACAGAGACAGCUCCAGAGCUUUAAAUUAAUCGUCCCAAAUGCGCCGUUAAGAUGCUUUUUGGACGUCCGGUGGGUGAAACGUGCCACAGAGCUGCCGUGUAGAUCCAGCCCGUUAUCUAACCUGCUGAUAGACGGAUCCAUGUUUACUCUCCUUUCUUUCCUGAUGUCUGUGGCUUGUACAUGCAUGAACACACUCAGUAAAACAUGCAAGCAGCGGCACAAUCGUGGCAAACACGGUUUUAUUGUCAAUCCAAAAAAAAAAGACAAUCUAUACAUCCCAUGAAUAAGAUCACAAAAUAAAUCAAACUUUACACACUU